AUGUCGCUCGAAAAAGGUACAGAUGACGGACACGUUAUGCAGCCAAGGGAAGUUGGUAAUUCCAGUCCAUUAGGAUUAUUUGCAUUCGGAUCUACUACUUUCAUGUAUGCAAUGUAUCUUCUUCAAGUAGGAAACAUAACAAAUAAUCAUGCAGGACUUGGAGCCGCAUUAUUUUACGGCGGUGUUCUCCAAAUACUUGGUGGAAUGUGGGAAAUAUAUUCUGGAAAAACAUUUGCUGCUACGGUUUCUUGUUCUUAUGGUGCUUUUUGGAUGUCUUUUGGUUUUAUUUUUCUGCCAAGUAGCGGGAUUGUUGAUUCAUAUAAUGGUGACCAAGUGAUGUUUGGAAAAGCACUUGGUGUCUAUCUUGUUGCUUGGACUGUUUGUAUUGAGACUUUCUCACGCAUUGGAGGAGGUCUUGGAGUUCUUGUAGCAUGUGGUGCAUGGUACAUGGGGUUGGCUCAAUUGCUUACAAAGGAACUCACGUACUUCACUUUACCAUCCUUCUCAAGUGCUCCUGAAUAA